CAGUGAAAACCCUAAAAAUAAACCAAAAUACACAAAACCAAUCCAUUUUUCACAAGACUAUUUCUCUCCACAUCUCAUCCUCCUCCUCCUUCCACACCGCCGUGGGCUCCACCGUCCUUUUCUCCGACGACCACUUUUCCCGUUUUCCCGGCGCCGCUUCUCUUUUCCGUCAAAGAGGUUAGCUGCGAUAAUGGCUGGAGGUAGAUUACUUCAGCAGAUUCUUAAGAAGAAGUUCCAGUCUCAUUCCACUGCAAUUCCAGCUUUAUCAUCUGCUGUCUCGAAAGAUCAAGACACUAUUGGAUCUUCUGGCACCAAAGUCUUGCGAGCUUUUGCUCUCCUUGGAGCAGGUGCAACAGGGCUUUUGAGUUUUGCCACUGUAGCAUCUGCUGAUGAGGCUGAACAUGGCUUAGAAAGCCCAAAUUACCCUUGGCCUCACAGUGGCAUCCUCAGUUCAUAUGAUCACGCCUCGAUUCGUCGUGGGCAUCAGGUUUACCAGCAGGUCUGUGCUUCUUGUCACUCAAUGUCCCUGAUUUCGUAUCGUGAUUUGGUCGGUGUAGCAUACACUGAGGAGGAGACAAAAGCUAUGGCUGCUGAGAUUGAGGUGGAAGAUGGACCUAACGAUGAGGGGGAAAUGUUUACUCGUCCUGGGAAACUCAGUGACCGAUUUCCUCAGCCAUAUCCUAAUGAAGCAGCUGCAAGGUUUGCUAAUGGUGGGGCGUAUCCUCCUGAUCUAAGUCUUAUCACCAAGGCUCGUCACAAUGGUCAGAACUAUGUAUUCGCUCUGCUAACUGGUUACCGUGAGCCACCUGCUGGUGUUGUGAUCCGAGAAGGUUUGCACUACAAUCCAUACUUCCCUGGGGGCGCUAUAGCUAUGCCUAAGAUGCUUAAUGACGGUGCUGUUGAAUAUGAGGAUGGAAUUUCUGCAACAGAAGCUCAGAUGGGCAAAGAUGUUGUGACAUUCUUGUCAUGGGCUGCUGAGCCUGAGAUGGAAGAGCGCAAACUGAUGGGAUUCAAGUGGAUAUUUGUACUAUCACUAGCAUUACUUCAGGCAGCAUACUACCGCCGUUUGAAGUGGUCUGUCUUCAAGUCUCGUAAGCUGGUCCUUGAUGUUAUCAACUAGAGAUCGGUGUUCUUCUCCAUGUAUUGGAUAUGGGACAAUCCCGAUGGAAAAAAAUAAUUAUUUACCGGGUGUUAUUGUGACUGCCAUGAUUGAAUGUUCCAAUCGUGUAGCUUGAGGAGUCAUAUUUUGGUUGCCAGGGAAGAAAUAAGCUUCCGACAUACUUAUAGUAGAUCAUUCUUUUUUAUAUUUACUCUUGGACGAUUUUGAUCGUACUUCUUUGCAUGUUCAGAAUGGCCAAUUGUGUUUUUUGGAUAUUCUGGCGCCAUGUUACUGCAUUCAGGGCAUGCUUCAACUUUCUUUAGCCAAUUUUGGUUCUGUUUAAACUGUAACAAUAAGACUGAGGAACUAUGGUCAUAUCUCUUCCCAAUAUAUCUGAUCAUCUUCUCUUACUGUUGUA